AUGGCGAACUUCUCGGAUCUUCCACAAGAGCUUCGUGAUAUUACCUGGGAACAGGCGGUACGGCCCGAAGGACCAGGUGUCCUGUUCUUCACAGUCCACGAUGCCGAUGAGGACAUCCACUUGGUGGAAUCCCCCUGGUCAGCCAAGAGCUUCAAUUACAGCUCUAAUGAUGGACUUCCCGAGUCUUCAUUCCUUGACUUCGCUGCACCUCUCUGUGACCCGGAUGGUAACCUUUCGUGGACCCAAUGGAAUCCUUCGACGUACAUGGAGGACUCGGCUCUUUGGACAACUUGUCGCGACUCACGAAGUCUCGACUUCCGGUGCCGCCACGGUGACAGCAGCCUUGCAAACAGAUGGUGCUACCAGACCGAGAAGUAUGUCCCGCAUUUCGGAGGAGCCAGUGGGAUGGAGCACGUCGAGACAGUAUGGUUUGUGGACUACAGGCUCCAGAGGGCCCCACAGGGCGUGAGUGCAGAGGAGAGCCAGCACCUCCAGGCCAACCGGAAAGUUUUCUACGCUCAAGAUCGACGGUUUGUUGAGGUCUCUCCUCGGGAUGCUGGGUGGAUUGUUUGCGAUGAGGCAGGCAAGGAAUGUUUCGGCAGAGAAGCAUUCGAAUUCAUAAAGAGGCUGAACAACCUCACGUGCGGUUCUUACGUUGAGGACGACGAGGAAAAUUUGGUUCCAAGACCUGUUCUGAAGGUCUUGGGCUGUGAGCUGCUAUAA